AUGGAUGUAUACCUUCGAUGCGACGAGAGCCACGAGUCUAGAAUGAUGAGGCUCGGCGGUACAGUCUUACAGGACAAACAUACUGAGCCUGGGGAUGUGUCGCCUGCAGAGACAAGCAGCUGGGAGUUUAUUCGUGGCCCAGCACAGAUACCCAACACUCCAGUGCUACAGCCUGCACUCAGUCCCAAAUCAACAGGUAUCCCAUCAGCAGAACUCUGUCGCCCAAGAGGAUGUAAGAAUAUUUCGUCGGGCUCGGAUAUGUCUGAUCUCGCAUUGUCUGUUGACUCGCAACCUAUGAGUGACGACACCGAGGCAUACGAAGAGGCUAUUGCCGAAUACAAACUCGCUUCCAAGCGAUACCGGCAUGCCAGUCCGAGGAGUUCCAAGAGACCUCGCGUCUAUAAGGAUCUACCAAGGCUUAGGGGGGGUAAGAGGGAAGCAGAGGACGGAUGA